AAAUCCAUCUGGGCACAGCUGAAAACCCCAGUACUCGCGUCAAUACUGCGUGAGAAUUGCUGUCGUUCUGAUCCAACCUCAAAUCGCGGCGAAACGCUUCCUCCGAAGGCAGGAAGAGAGUGAACGCCAGAUCUUCAGGACAUGAGAGCUCCACGAACCCUUAAGGUAUGGAAGAUGGGUGUUGUCAAUUACAUUGAGGCACUUAAGCUGCAAGAGAAAUUGACAUCUGAUAGAAAAGUACAUAAGAUUACAGAUACCCUGCUGUCCCUACAGCACCCACCCACAUAUACUCUUGGCAAAAGACGAACCGAUCACAAUAUACUGGUUUCUGAAACUGAGCUCAAAGCCAUGGGGGCUGAACUUCACUACACGCAACGGGGAGGUGAUGUGACAUUUCAUGGUCCUCAUCAGGCUAUUUUGUAUCCCAUAAUUUCUUUGAGAGAGAUGGGCUUGGGGGCUAGAAGAUACGUGGAGAAUCUUGAGUUAACGAUGAUUGAGUUGGCAUCUUUAUAUGGUGUUAAAGCUCAUGCAGGGCAAACAGGUGAAACAGGCGUUUGGGUUGGUCAGAGAAAAAUUGGUGCAAUUGGGGUCCGUAUAUCUACCGGAAUUACAUCCCAUGGGUUGGCAUUCAACAUCAAUCCUGAUUUGAACUACUUCAAGCAUAUUGUGCCUUGUGGGAUUGCAGAUAAAGAAGUCACAUCUUUGCAAAAGGAGGUACAGCAGGUGCUCCCUUCUGAAGAAGUAAUUCAGGAGCAGCUGAUUUCAUGUUUUAUAAGAAUAUUCAAUUAUACCGAUAUUGUUCGGGAAGAUAAAUCAUCUUUACACUUGGAUAAACUGGAAUUGCAGAUGAAUACAAAUGAAGAAUGAGCGGAUAUAUACUUGAGUAUGCAUACUUUUACCUGGUCAUGGUAAGCAGUAUUAUUUACAAGGGGCAGGUGAUGUUGGACAUAGUUUAGUGACAGUAUGAUGGGGCACAGGCUGAGGUUGAGAUUGAGAUUGAUUGUGAUGGAAUAUUCUGUGCAGUUAGGGAAAUGAUUCUGAAAUUUCUACACAACUAUUUCUCUUUUAGUCCCAGUCCUUUUCAUCACCUCUGGUAAAUUAGUGGACAAUUCCAAAUCUUGCAUGUCAACCAGCUUCAACUUCUUUUA